CACACUGAUCGUCAAAAGAACGCGUCACUUUGCAUUUUCGUCCGGCAAAAGUUCUUUAAGGUGGCUUAAAAAUUGCGUGCCUUUGGCCAGGACAUUGGGAAAACAUCGGGACAGCCAGCCGGAGGAGCAGUCGACAAAUCCCAAUCCCGGCGGACACCGAAUUUAUGUUUGUUUGAGCACAUUUCGCCGUCAAGUCAUUCGUCAGUCUUGUCACAUGUAUUUUACGAUGGGAGGGGGAGGUGGGAAUGGCGGGAAGGAGCAGAAAAUGAUGGAAAAAAUGCGGAAAAGGAAAAACAAAUGCAAAAUGUGACAGGGGCGCAACUGAGUCCUUUUAGCGAUCCGGUGGACAGGAGCUGCUCCGCUCCCAUUGACGCUGAUAAAUGCGGGAUUGGGCUAAUAUCCAUACCUCUUUAUGACUCGUGACUUUCACUACUUCCACUAAAAUAUAACUAAAAUCUAGAAAAUGAUAUCAUCUAGCUGAAAACCAAAUUAUUAGUAAUAUUUCAAAUAACGUAUAAGGUUAUAAAAUUAUAUAAUAUUUUUAAAACUGUUAUGGUUUUCUUAAAACAUUAUUAUAAAAAUUAUUAACUUGCUGGACAGCACUCAACUUAUUCCCCAGGAAUGAAGACAGUCUGGAGUGGUCGUCAGUGUAUAAAUCAUAUCAAUCGAAGCCUUCCUCCGCUCCGAAUCCAACAUGACCAGGAAAACAGGCAGGCACUCCUCGGAUUCUGAUGGGCAAACAACCAGGAGAAGACGGCGGUGGAGAGAUCAUUACAUUGACAUAUUCAUGCGGAUUCAGAAUCGGGGAAUUCCAGGGAACACACAACAAUGGAGCACGCGACCAUGUGGAGCGGAGCCUUGAGGAGUGCGUCCCACGCGAAAACCAGGAAUCAACCUGCAACUUGCAACCUGCAAUGUGCCUUUUGUCUUGCCCAGAAAACUCACACAUCUCGCAUCGCACAUCGUCCAGUUGUCGUCGCUUUAUCCGCAACAUGGACAUGGGGACCGGGAUCGUUGGAAUGCUUAUCAAGGGGCGCACUUGUAGCUGUCAUAAGGCCAACUGAAAUAUUGGCAGCCCCAUCUCCAGUCCAAGCUGAUACCAAAACGGCAACCAAACGAGGGUUCCCCUUGCCCUAACUCCUCCCAAUGGAGUUGGAUGCACUGGACAAAAGUCCACUUGAGGUGGAAAGAAAGGAGAAAAGGCACCAGAAACGCCCCAGGACUUGUCCUCCAUCCAUUUAUCUCACUCAACGCCGGCGACGGCAACGGGCAAAUAUGGAAAUUCGUUGCCCUGGCCGCCUGUUUUUUGUGAGACCCCCGCAAACCCGCCACUAAAACCGCUUCAUUAAACACUCCAUGAACUCCCUGUCCUGGGCCAAGUGUCCUUAUGUCCUGGCGGUGUAAUUAAUUUCUGCCACAGUCGGUAUUUGAAAAAGCUUAGAAAUGCGGCCGAGGAGCGGGCGGCAGGGUUUUCCGUGCGACAGGAGCUAUUAUGAAAGGGAGUCGAGUGGCGGGGAUAAUAACACAAGAAGUCGGGGGAAAGAAAAUGGAGUUUCAGAAGGGCUUGAAGUUAUGAAUGCAAAUAAUGAAACUCCAUAAAUAGCUAUGAAAAGAGCUGCUGCAAAGAUAAGGACAAAGAAUGCAAAGGAAUUCGCCACAAAACAACCAUAACUCAGUGCUUCAUUCCACAGCCAGUCAUAUUUCAAUUAAUUUGUAAAUACCUUACAUCAUCCCAGGCAAAGUGGAAUAAACAUGUGUUAAUCAAAAUUAUCGGAUUUACUGGAUCAAUAAACUUUGUCGUGUUGCCGAACCAAUAAUAAUUAAGGCAACUGCUGCAGGAUUUUCCAAGGUUCACAGGACACCAGGCAAACAACGAAAAACCAGGACACAAAUCAAACAAAUUCGGGGGCUGACAGAAGAAAUUUAUCAUUUCAGUGCAUUUAUUACUAAGCGAAGUUCUCAUUAAGUUCUUAGAUUAUUUUUACGGUUCAAUUGUAUUUAAAAUGAGUGCUUCAAGAAGUGAUAUAGAAGUUAAUUCUACGCAGUCCUCGGAGCAGAUUGAUUUGCAGGCAAAAGAGAAGUCAAGUUCUCCAAAUCCUGAGCAAAGCAGCGAGGAUUCUGAGGAGCAGGCGCCACUCCCGACUCUUCUGCAGUGUGUGCUGGUCAAGCACGUGAACCAUGAUGAAUUGGCCCGCCGAUGGGUUGAGUUCUACAUGGCUAGUCACACGUAUGCCUUGGUUACUCUAAUGGAGUUUUUGAUGGAAGCGAGUGGAAGUCUCUACAAGAUUCCAAAGGACACUGCAAUGCCAUUCCCCUACGAGGACAUCCUGCUACAAAGCUCUCGGCACUUUCGUGGUGCCAGCACGUAUCCUAUGAUAACGAGGACGGCCGCCGUAUUUGGCAGCAGGAUAGUAGUCUUUUUGGAGGCCCUUCUGAAGGCGGUCCAUGACAUACCCAUUCCAUUGUACAAUAUGUUUUUGGAGGAGGUGACGGGAUUUGUGAUGACCAGCUCGGAGUCCAGUAUUCGUCCUUUUCGUCACACGAGCACCAUGGUGGGUCUUAAAUUGAUGACCCUUUUGCCCGAUCUCACAUCCGUGGAUAAUGAUCUACUAAAGAAACUGUGGCUGCGGAUGUUUAACUGCCUGUUUGUAAAUCGCCACCGGGACGUAGUGGACGACAUAAGGUUGCUUUGUAUCUUUGAACUGGGCGUGUGGUUCAGCAAGUACCCAAAGUGCCAGCUGGAGCCAGAGAGCCUACGUUACUUCUUCGAAGCUUUGCCCGAUAGCUCCUCGCUGGUGAGGCAGUGCGUCUUGGCCAACAUCUCGUGGCUCUCCCACCAGGAGGACCUUCGUCCCAUCUGCUUGACAAUGGGCCGUGAAUUCCGGCAACUGUUCAUGAACUUAAGCGUGGAAAGGGAAAGUGAAAUAGCAGAAGAAUCCCUGCGUAUACUCAUCGAUUUCCAUCGAUCUUCUCCAGACAUUCUGGAUGAGGAAGAUUGCAAGUUAAUUGAAGAAAUAAUACUCUUUGCAAAUCGAGGUGUAGCCCAGGCAGCGGCGGAAUUCUUCGUCCUACGCAGAAGGGAAACAGAAGGAGCACCAUUUUCGCAAAAAAUACGUCAUCUGCUACAGUUUUUCAUCGAGAGAUGUCAGCAUGAUCAUGCUGGCUAUCUGGUGGAUUCUUUUUUCGACAACUGCGACAUGGUUACUGACUGGGAGUCCAUAAUAAAGAUGCUGAUGGAGGAACAGCUCCCAGCUCUUAGCCAAGCUGAGAGCUCCGCGUUGAUUGAAAUCCUGACCAAAGGCGUUAGCCAAGCAGUGACUGGUGAAAUACCGCAGGGAAGAUACACCAAAGAUCUAAAGAGGGAGCCAAAGGCGGGAGCCCACGAGAAGGCCACCCGAUUACUAGCACCUGUGCUGCCACAACUACUUCGAAAGUAUGUCGACCGCCCAGACGAUCUGGCAAAUCUUCUCAAACUGCCUCAACACUUUUGUCACGAUUACUUCCGGGAGACUAAUAAUCGGGGUCAACUUGAGGAACUCAUGGACGAGAUGGACAACCUUAUGUUCCAUCAAACGAGCAGCCGCGUGCUUCGCAGUGGAGCGUACACCCUGAGUAUUCUUUACAGAAUGGAAUCCAGCAACCUGCACAUACGGCAGAUACUCAACAGCGCGGUGACCAACUAUAAGAUCGCACUGCGCACCUGGCAGGAGAUGUAUGGCCUGGUAACCUCCGCGUCUUCGUCGGACUCCUCCAAAACUUCGAAAAGCCGCUCCCGCCGACUGCUGAUCACCUUGCGCUUGUUGUCCGCCCUGUACGCACACUUUAAUCUCAGUUUCGGACGGCUGACCGAGUCGAUUCUGUCCAGCCUUAAGAGAGUGGUCAGGGAACGGGAUAUGGGCAGAAAUAGCCUGCCGGCGGAGGUAGUGUCUCUUUAUCUGGCUGCUGGCUACUUUAGCCUCUCCUGGGACCUAAACACCUUCAAGAAAGAAGCCUUAAACAAUUCAAACAUGGAGGAUUCUUGCGCCGCUCUCAAGAAGCACUUUGAGGACUAUCUGUUUGUCACCUUUGGACAGGUCGUGAAUGACAAUAUGCCGCUUGCUUAUGGUUGUCUCUCAUUCAUCUGCGAUCUGUUUGUGUUAUAUGGAUACCACCUACUCGACAAUCCCCAUCCCUUAGUGCGUUCCCUUGCAUACGCACCAUCUGUAAAUGAGGUGGAGAUACUGGACAACUUCGUGUUACGACACCAUUUUCAGCGGAGUCCUGCGGACCUUAUGAAUGAAUCGUUCUUCCCUCAGCUGCAUGACCUACGUCGCAGCCUGUCCAGCUACUGCAAACUGGUGGCCUUCAAUGUGAUUCCACCAAUGCGCGCCGCCAGGAUCUAUCAGUACUAUGAAAAGUACUACGAUCCUUUUGGCGACGUUUUGAGAUGUUCCAUGGAACUCACCAUCAAAGUCAAUGCCAUCCACUAUGGUAUGACAGUGUUCCACACCGGCCUGUUGCUAUACAAGAAGAUUAUGGACGACAAUGGCGGUAAUAGUGUCAGGGCUGCCGGUUCCCCAGAGUUCCUCGAACUUAUCAGCCUGGCCACUCGAUUGGCGGAGACCCUUAGUUCCCAUCCCUAUAGGAAUCGCAACGCCAUGAUAACUCUUCACAAAGCUGGAAUUAUGUACGCUAAGGAAUCGGUUCCGGACCAACCCACCGCUGCCCCGAAGAAUCUACUCUUCUUGAGGGUCAUGCAGAUGUUUGUGCCGCAGCUCCUAAAGCAGGACAAGGUCAAGAUACUGGAGUUACUGCAGACCAUUGAGCAGCCGGCGUUGCCUUCCUGCAACAGGGAGGAGUGGGAGCCUUUGGAAGGAUAUCGCUCCGCUUUGGGGGCUUCCGGUAGAAGGGGUCGUUCGGAUGUUGUGGUGACCACCUAGAGAGCUUAGCUCUUCUAUGGAUUGUUGUCUUGAUUAUACAAAAUAGAACA